UUUCUCUGACUCUAUACAUACUCUUCUUCUUCAUCUCUCUCUAUAUUUUUCACAUUCUACUUUCAGAGUUGAAGAAAUUAAGGAAUUUAACAAUGGCGGUUUCUUCUGUUUCUCUUCUUUUUCUUCUUUGUUUCAUCACUCUUGUCACCGCUCUUCGUACUCCUCCUAGGUCUGAAAAAACAGAGGAGUUACAGAGCUUGAAGAACAUAACAAUGGCGGAAAAGUUGAAUGAAGUUGAGAUAUAUAACGAACAUGCUGUUGCUGAUCCUGAAGAGGUUGUUGCCUUGGUACACAUGAGUAUCCGCAACAGCACUCAGCGAAGGAAUUUGGGUUAUUUCUCAUGUGGGACAGGAAAUCCUGUAGAUGAUUGCUGGCGUUGUGACCGCAAUUGGCACAAAAACCGUAAACGCCUAGCUGACUGUGGUAUUGGGUUUGGAAGAAAUGCCAUUGGUGGCAAAAAUGGCCGCUUCUAUGUUGUGACAGACCCUCGUGAUGAUGACCCAGUCAACCCUAGGCCUGGAACUCUUCGCCAUGCAGUUAUCCAAGAAGAGCCACUCUGGAUUGUUUUUCAGCGUGACAUGGUGAUUCAGUUGAAGGAAGAGCUCAUAAUGAACAGCUUUAAAACAAUUGAUGGUCGUGGAGCCAAUGUUCACAUUGCUAAUAGAGCUUGUAUCACAAUUCAAUAUGUGACCAACAUCAUCAUCCAUGGCAUUCAUGUCCAUGACUGCAAACCCACUGGUAAUGCUAUGGUGAGAAGUUCUACUACUCAUUUUGGAUGGCGAACAAUGGCUGAUGGAGAUGGCAUCUCAAUCUUUGGUGCUAGUCAUAUUUGGAUUGAUCACAAUUCUCUCUCUAACUGUGCUGAUGGCCUUAUCGAUGCUGUGAUGGGUUCAACUGCCAUCACUAUUUCCAACAAUCACUUUGCACACCACAAUGAGGUGAUGCUGUUGGGGCAUAGUGACUCUUACGUGAGAGACAAGGCGAUGCAAGUUACAAUUGCAUUCAACCAUUUUGGCAAAGGCCUAAUGCAAAGAAUGCCAAGGUGUCGUCAUGGUUAUUUCCAUGUAGUGAACAAUGACUACACCCACUGGGAAAUGUAUGCAAUUGGUGGAAGUGCAGAGCCCACCAUCAAUAGCCAGGGUAACAGAUAUUUAGCCCCAGCUAACCGUUUCGCAAAGGAGGUGACAAAGAGGGUGGAAACGCCUGCCAAUAAGUGGAAGGGUUGGAAUUGGAGGUCCGAGGGAGAUCUCAUGUUGAAUGGUGCAUACUUCACCGCAUCUGGAGCUGGAGCCUCGGCUAGUUAUGCAAGAGCCUCAAGCUUGGGAGCUAAGUCAUCUUCCAUGGUUGGAACUAUCACCGCUAAUGCAGGCCCUCUCUCCUGCCGCAGGGGCCGCCAAUGCUAGCCAAUACAAGUUAGAACUACUUUGUGUUCAUAGGAAAGAGUCCAUUUGUCCCAUUAAUUUUUUGCCAUUUUUGGUUUUUCCUGCCAUAGAAUCUACCACCAUAUAGCAUUGAUCCAUGAAGUCACCCUUUUAUACCUUAUUGAACCAGUUUCCACAGUUCAUUCUGCAUAUCUUGGCAAGUGUACAUUUUUUUACACAUUGUCAUCAUAUGAUAUGAUUGAAGCCUCAUAUAUCUAUUGUUGAAUCAAUUGUGUGUUUUAUUUUCUCAACCUCGACCUGCUUCAUUCCAGAAGAAAGCUUCGUAAUGACAGUAAGGUCAGAAGCGUUGUUCCUUUCUUCUUUUAUUUUUUUUUACCCUUCAUAUUCUUCUUUUCCCUCCCAAACACAACAACCCACAUCCAAAAUUUUAACUACCUUUGCCUUUUUUUUUUUCCGAGUCCUCAUUUUAAUUCAUAGGAAUUUGGAAUUGUUUGUAAUCUUUUAUCCCUUUUCUUUGGUGAGUGUAACUGUGUAAGUGUCCAAGGUACACAAGUUCUAUUAUAAAAAGUUAUGAAUGUGAAGAAACUUUCAGAGA